AUGAAGCUUUUAUUCUCUACAGCGGCAUUAAGCACCGCACUCUUCGCCUGUCGUGCGAUCUCCAACGCCAGUGAGGCCUAUAGCACCGCCUACCACGAGCUCGAGGCUAUCCAUGAUCUCACCGAUAACUUGACUGGCGCCAUCAAAGCUUGGGACGGCAAAGAUCUGCGAGCGUCUCUCAGUAACAUCCAUGAUCCCUCAGUCAGCACGACCACAUAUAUUGCAGAGGCGGCCGAACGCUUGCUGGAGCAUCGCCAGACGCCAUUUGACAAAGUCCAGUCCUUCAAGAUCGGAUCACCGUCUCAGCGCCUCGCGUACGCCGUCAACGCCUCCAUCGCGAGCCUCAUCGGCCGCAAGGGCGCCUUUGACGCCCUGCACGCCAGUCCGAUUGUUGUUCAGGAUGUUGCCGGCCUUCUGAGCGCUUCGAGAAACUUUUCUGAGGCGCUUGUGUAUCUUGUCCCCGACUUGUUGCAACCGGUGGCCAACAACCUGAAGGCACAGACCCUUGACUCGCUGCAGCAGGGCGUCGACUGCUUCAACGGGACUGAUUCGGCAUGCCACGCGGGGGUCGUGGAUACUGAACGGACCUAUGAGUUGGCGGUGCGGUACAACGCAAUGAAAUCAGACGGGUCGCCUUUUGUGUAG